UCUAUGCUCUUUGCCAGUCUAGUGACGGCUUGAGAAUGAUAUUCCUGUUCAUUGUAUCAACCUUUCUAUUGUGAUAUACUACAAUUAAUCGAAUCCAGGUUAAUUAAAUUCAUGUCUGAGGGGCGGGCGUUAGACAGGAUCCUCCAAAGAGAAAGUUGUUCAUUGUGGCCCCAUAGACAGGAGAGGAGGGAGGGAAGAAUACCAGUGGUGAGAGAGUCAAAGACCGCCAGCGCACGAUCCAGCGCUGAGAGCCAUCGAUGAGGAAGUGUAAUUGGACCUGCGAUGUGGAGGGAGGAAAGCAGCACAUCUCUGUAGUUCCUGGAUAGAGCGUCACCCAUCAAAACGCGCGGACUGGUGACCAUAUCGUACUGGGAACUGUCGGGAUGUCAAGGGAAUAAUAUCAGUAGCUAAUCAUGUGCCUUAUUGGCACCGAGUUGGUGCCACCUCAGCGGUAGGGUUUGUGGAGAGAAGGGAAGCGGAGGAGGAGAGGUAGACAGCCUGGCAGACAGGUGCGUCUCCACAGCUUGUUUCGUUUCUCUCGGUCCUGUUAAGUAACAGAGCCAUGGAUACCCGCAAGGAAAACAAGGCAAGGAAAUCCAUGAAACCCAAAACGACAAAGCGAAAAGAGAAGAAAUACAAAACCGGGAGGUUUGCCAGGAGGAAAUCGCUGCGAUCUUUUGGUAAUUUCAUGGGAAGGAUCCUUAAAACUUUGGGUACUUUGGCGCACUUUGGCGACGCGGAACCGACGGACGCAGAGGACGACGACGGCGGCUUCGGGCGAAGCGCGUCUGGGGGUUUCAAAGACGACUGUUCGCAUACCUCCAGGGAGGGAACCGUGAAGAAGAGCUCCACGGUGUCCUCCACUCACGGCUCUGUGAAAGACAGGCUGUCGUGGUGCUACGGCGACAAGACCCCCGGGGUGCUGGGACUGAAGAACCACGGCAACACCUGUUUCAUGAACGCCGUGGUUCAGUGCCUCAGCAACACGGACCUGCUGGCCGAGUACCUCGGGCUGGAGCAGUACAAGUCGGAUAUAUGCCACCGGAGGGUGAACGGGGAGGUGAGAGGCGAGGAGCGGCAAACCGCCCGGGGAGAAGUGACCGAGCAGCUGGCGUCGCUGGUUCGAGCGCUGUGGACGCUGGAGUACACGCCGCAGCUAUCUGUGGAGUUCAAGAGCAUUGUGGCCAAGUACGGCUCUCAGUUUCGGGGAAACUCUCAGCAUGAUGCCCUCGAGUUCCUCCUCUGGCUUUUGGACAGAGUUCAUGAAGAUGCUAAUUCCAGCCCCAACAACAACAGCAGCAGCAGCAACAGCAAGACCAAAGCCAAUGCCAAGGGACCCAGUUCAUUGGAGGAUCGUUCCAGUCUCAGUUCAGCCAGCACACAGCAGCCUCGAGAUCGACACAGUUUUGUCCAGGAACACUUCCAGGCUCAGUACAGGUCCUCUCUGACGUGCCCUCAUUGCCUUAAGCAGAGCAACACCUUCGACCCGUUUUUAUGUAUCUCCCUGCCUAUCCCCCUACGACAAACCAGGUCGAUGUGUGUGACGCUGGUGUUCAGUACGAAGGGUCAGAGGUACCUGCGGGUGGGGCUGGCUGUACCUCUUUUUGGGUCCCUGUCCUGCCUGCGAGUCAUGGUGGCAGAGGAGGGCAACAUCUCCCCAGACCAGGUCAUCCUAUCAGAGUUGUACUCCAAGGGUUUCCAGCGUUCCUUUUCCGAUGAUGAUGACCUGACAGCAGUUGCUGAUAGCGACGUCGUCUACGCCUUUCAGGCUCCUCCCCUCUAUAGUCGUGGAGGCUCCGCACCCCACUCAGGGUAUCACCACAGCCUCCCUUCCUCCCCCUACACCUCUACGGCUGGACCUGAUGGACAGAGGUUACCCCCAUCUGGCACCCUCUCCUCUGAAUACCUGAACCAGGGUGGCUCCACAAAAGUCCUCCUCCUCAUCUGCAGCACAGCAGGAUCUGGCCAGCAGGCUGUCAGGUUUGGACCUCCAUUUCUCAUGCAUGAGGACAGGAGCAUCUCCUGGGACCAGCUGCAGCAGAGCAUCCUCAGCAAGCUCUAUUAUCUGAUGCUGAAUGGAUCUCAGGCUCAGAAUGCUGGGGUGCUGUUUAAGAUCAGAGUGGUGGGAGGAUCGUCAUCCUACAGCUACCUGUCGCCGCAGGACAGCAGGCCACUGUACCACCCUGCGGUUGACAGAGCUCUGAAGUUCUGCGGCCCCGGGGGCCCUCCCCACGUGAAGCUUGUCAUCGAGUGGGAGCACAAGACUAAAGAAUGUCUGUUUGGCAGCAUCCAGGAGGAGGUGGUAAAGGAUGCGGAGAGUGUGAGGAACCAGCAGCAGCAGCACCUGCAGCAGCAUAGCUGUACCUUAGACGAAUGCUUCCAGCUGUAUACCAAAGAAGAACAGCUCGCCCCAGAUGAUGCCUGGAAGUGUCCCCACUGUAAGCAGCUUCAGCAGGGCAUGGUGAAGAUGAGCCUGUGGACUCUCCCUGACAUACUGAUCCUCCAUCUCAAGCGCUUCCGACAGGUAGGCGAGCGGAGGAACAAGCUGUCAACCCUGGUGCGUUUCCCACUGACUGGUUUGGACAUGGCCCCGCAUGUAGUGAAGAGGAGUCAGAGUAUGAGGAACCUGAACUCAGGAGCCUGGCCAACUUCCUGGAAGCAGCACUCAGGCCAGCACCACCAACCUGCCGACAUGAUCCUCCCCCACGACUAUCUGUAUGACCUCUAUGCUGUGUGUAACCAUCAUGGAGGAAUGCAUGGAGGACAUUAUACUGCUUACUGUAGGAACUCAGUGGAUGGACAAUGGUAUAGUUACGAUGACAGCAGCGUAGACUUGGUGCCAGAGGAAGAAGUAUGUACCAGAGGAGCCUACAUCCUCUUCUACCAGCGACGCAACACCAUUCCUCCAUGGUCGGCCAGUUGCUCCGUCAGAGGAUCCACAAGUUCAUCAAUGUCAGACCACUGGUUAAUCCGGCUGACAGGGGACAGUAAGAGAGGCAGUCUGGUCUCUCGAUCCUCCACCACCUGCCCAUCUUCCAUACCUGACUCGCCUGAGUCUCCAGUCUUCCUUGACAAUGGUUCUAAAGAGGAAAAAGGGGGUUUUGAGAACAGGCCAUUUAUCAGGGGUCUUCAGGGACGCAGUGUGAGCAUGAGAGCCCCCAGCAAGACCAAGGACACCCUGAGCAAAGUGCUUCCCCUGCGCUGGUCCUUUGGUUCAAAGGACAGACGGAAACCUGACCCAGUACUUCUAUCUGUCCAAGAUCCUGCCCCUGUGGAGCUGGUACAGUACUUGGAAUCUGGCCGGCGGCCCCGGUGUACAAAGGAUCCAAUAGUAACGUUGAUGAGCGAACCACGCAGCACAAAGGAAGCUGGCCGGGCUUCAACCAAUGUUCGAUCUUCCAGUGUUGGGAGCAUGAGUUGUGUGGGUAAGAAAGGAGAUGAGAUGCCAUACGAGCCUCCACAGGUCCCAGAGGGCCAGAGGAGGCCAUCAGAUAAGACAGCCAGCUUGAGACGCAGCAAGGGGAGCCAGACAAAAGAUGAGAGCACCACGAAUAUCAGCAGUAGCUCUAGCAGUAACACCCUCACCAGGAGGAAGGAUGCCAGGAAGCAUAUCUCCUCCAAAGCUUCUCAGGACAGUGAGGCAAAAAGGAGUUCCAGUGCUGGAGUUCAGCCCAGCUACAGCACUCCGAGCCUUCAUGAUGGGACUCUGAGAAGGCAAAAAGGGGACAGGGCUGAUAGGGAACACCACGGUACUUAUGAAGGAAACUCUAAGACCAAGAAGGGAGAAUUGCCCAAGAGCCAUGAGGGACUGCUCUCCUUCUUCAAAGGUAACUUCCUGAAGAAAGACAAGGACUCAAGGAAGUCCAAGGAGGGUGAGUCAGGGAAAGGAGGAACUGAAGAAGGAGGUAGAAGGACCCUCUCUAGGCUGUCACUGUCCAACGGAGCAGCAGGAGGAGGAACUGGGGUGGAAGGAGGCAAGUCUAAUGGCCAUCUGGGUGAUGAGCUGGCAAACGGGAAGGUUGGACGAACAACGGCUAACAUCAAACGCUCCCAAAGCUCCUCCAACAUCCCCACCAAAGCGGAGCAGAGCAUGCGUAGGACAGCAUCUUUGCAUCGUAAUGGGAUGUCUACAGCCCCGGUACCAUCCCGCAGCCUGACAGACAAACCAUCUUAUGGCACCCUGCAGAGGACUCGUUACAGCACAGCCUCACUGGGACGCAAAAGGACAGUCCCCGAGUCCAGCUUCUGACACAGAGAUAUUUAACAUAUCCAUGCACUCACAAAGCCUUGUAUUUGUUAUAAAGUGAAUGACGUCCAAUCUCUGAGAUCAACGCAAUAGAGCUCAAUUUACAGUGGUACGCCUUUUGUUCCCUGAAAAUGAAAUGCCUCGAGUGGUUUGCACCGUGGAAUUGAGAGACACAGAGCAAAUGAAGGGUCUUUUAAUGCUGGGAAAUAAAGAGCAGAAUGAAAUGACGUAACCUGUCCAUCAAACACCAGAGGGAGUCCAUUUUUAUUCAGUUUUUUAUGACCUAAAAUAAGUGCCUGAGCAACGAAUAUGCAGUUUAGACCAAUGAGUUUGUCUGUUUAGCACUGGAAGCAUGAAAUCCUCUACACACACACACACACACACACACACACACACAAGCAUAAUAUCCACAUUUGUGUCUUAUUACUGUAGUGUGAGUGUUGGAUUUCACUACAUUUUGAAUAUUUAUGGUUGUUUGCUUACAAUCAAGACACAAUGAUUGUGUUCAUUUGUAAGAAUGUAAUGUGUCCACUUGAUUAACGUUGGUGCUUUGAGGCUACAGUUUCUGAUUAACAUCAAUUAUUCAUCUUUAAUCCCUUGUUUAAUGUUUAUUUUAAGUAAAGGAUGGCAUUGAACACAAGAUAGUAUUUUUAUAAAGCAUUGAUUUAUCCCCAUGUGACCCAGACUGCAGUUGUUGUCGAGUUAAACCUACAGUAGAAAUACCAUGACCUCUAACUGUAAAAACUUGCUGGGUAGGAGUGAUUUUAACAGAUGUUUUUCUUUAAUUAUGACACAGUAAAUACAUACAUGAAAAGGAAGUACAUAUUACAAUGUGUAUUGGAUUUCACUUUAUUUCUUUGUUUGAUGUGUUUUAAUUUAGACAUUUUAAGUCUUCCAUACUAAUCAGCGAGAAAUCAAAUUUAGGAAUUCCUUUGUGAAUCUGGCAUAAUAAAGGUGCACUUUGUCUUUUCACAGCAUAUGAGUAUUAUGAUGAAUUAUGAUGGUGUUUAAGUCCUGUGAGUUUAUCUUAUACUCUAUUUUGGACACUAUAGGGGAACAUGCAAGCAUAUUUUAUUUAAUUCAGUGAAAUCUGUUAGUUUUGCUUAAUUUUACCUUGCUACCUUUUUUCCAUUAUGAACUUGUUUCACAUUUAAAUGGUUAGUUUUUCACUUGUAUGAAAUACACAGUACAAUUACAAUCACACAUACUUUUGACCACUCUGAGGGAAGUGCUUUACUCCCAGUGGUCUGGCUGAAGCUGCAAAGUCACUAACUAGUGGAGGAAAGGAGAGCAUUCAUUUAAUUUUCCUGGCCCAGAUAUCCCCAGACACACAAUUCAAAUGGUCAAAGUGUGCUUCAAAUUCUGGUUGUACUAUAACAGUAUAACAGGCCUGCUGGAUCACCUCAUUUGCUGCUGUAGUGAUGUUUAGAUGUUGUACAUGCACAGACAUUUCCCAUGAUGCCUUCUCAGGCUCUACACAUGUAUGGCCCUACAUUGAUAUUUGCACAGUGCUGAGAUUUAAUUCGCACUUUAUAUAUAUUGGAAUGCUCUUAAGUAAACAACACUACUGCUAAUGCUUAAUAUGAUUUUCUAACGAUUUUGAGUCUACACCUAUUAUUUAAAUUUCUAUUUAAAAUGAGGAAGCUGCCUCUCACCAACAUUAAACACAUUUGAAUAUUGACCCUGAAACUAAUUAGGUGAUAAUUAAAAACCUACAUUUUGUUUUAAUUAAGUUAAUUAAGAUAUAUUAAAGCAUAUAGUAAAAGCAUUAUAGCAAAAUGUAGAAGAUAUUUAAUAACCACCACCUUUGGCGUAGGCCUUUAGCUGCAUAAAUAGAGAACAACACUUCAUACUGUCUAAACACAAUACCAACAACCUUUUACUAUUUAGUGUUUGUAACUGUAAUGUCUCAACUUGAAACCUGAAAACCAACACUAUUUAUCCUGUAUCUCGUGAAUUUGUAAUACUCCCAAAUGACUAUGAAUAUUGGAUUUACAGUAGAUACACUUUUGUGCAGUUAUUAAAUCUUUUUUGAUGACUGCACAAAAGUAAAAAAGUGAAUUAUUUUCUUUGGAGUUCAACUGAGUCUCAUUGGAGCUUUGCAUUAAUGUGCCAACCAAUAUAAGAGACUGGAAUGAGCUCAUCUCUCUUGUUUGAAGCAGAAGUUUAUUCACAUCAGCAGACCUUUGUCAGGUCAUGUAUUCACAGUAUUCACAUAUGAAUGUCAUGUUUUUGUAUGCUGUUUUCAAAAGCAGCAUAUCAGCCUUAGAAAUCUCGUCCUCCUUUAGACUCAGUCUAAAUAUGAAGUAACCCCACAUGCAGCCUAUCACCAAGAUUGAGAAACUCUGUGUUAAAAGUGUCAUUUACUGCAAAUGCUGUAUUUUGUUCAAAGGAUGUCACGAUGCCUCAGUUUGAUGUUGAAGUUGAGGCAGUUACACUUGAAAAUAAACAAGCAUGUCCUUUUUAUUGGGAACCAUUAAGGACCCUGUAAGGAUUCAAAUCAAAAUGUUGUAUUAUGGAAGUCAGGUUUCUGUGCAGAUCAUCAGUAUGUAGCUCAUUGUGUCAUUGUUUUAUUUGAAUUAACAUUUUCUCAUGUUUAUGCCAAGGAUAUAAGCUGCUGUUUAUUAUAAACAAUGACACUAUAGAGCACUAUGCUUUAAAGUCUAUGACACAUGAAAUUUGAGGUGAGGGUUUUGUAUCACAGAGUGCAGCCAUCAUUUUGUUUGUGUUAGGAGAUGUCUUGGAUAGAUUCUACUUUCCCUACUAAGUAACUCAUAGUCUAGUUGUGCUCUUUGCUUUCAAAUUAUUUAGAUUUUACUAGCCAAUUUAGAGAAACUCAAUGACAAAAUUUCCCACAAUGUAAUGAGCGGCCAAAAAAGAAAAAUAAUGUGAUAAAUUUUGUAUUCUCUUAGUAAAUGUUUGAAUUCUCUUGGCCUCCAGCUUCAUUCUCAGCACCCACAUUGUACAAAACCCUUCAACAACACCCGCAAAAAUUUCUUAAAAAGGUGCCUGAGAUUUCUCCCAAACUUUUUUUGUUUUUUAAUUCAGAAUAUUUAUAUUCCUGCAGUGAAUGAGUAAAAGAUAGUUGUGCAAGUGGCAAUUCAACUACUGAAACAAUGCAUUGAGUCAUGUGUCUGGAUCAGUUGACUCACUCACAACCCUUACAAGAACACACACCACAUUUAUUUAUACUAACACUGUUAGUAAGCUGUAAUUUUUUUUAGCCAGUUUCAAGUGACUAAGCAAUAAUAGUUGAAUGUCUUUGCACAAGUUUUGACUCUGAAAUGCUGUUAAUAAAACUUGUUCUUUGAGUGGGUGCAUGUAAAGUUGAAGAUUGAAGAAGUCAAGCACAGUGGCUUUUGUUCUCCAAAUAAAAACUCAACACUCAAUACACUAUUUAACCACAAAGGGAGAAAUUUAGUUUUCUCCUUGUUCUGACUGCAGCUGCCAUUUGGCUUUCCUCAAUUAUGAGUUUACUGAUCCAUUUAAAUGGAUUCACAAAGACUGCCAUUCUCAAUUGAGAGAAAAGAGGCUAAAAUCACUAUAAUCACACAGUUAAUAAAACAACACACUGUGGCUGGAGAUUCAUACUCUUAACAGCCAAGCUCCUGUCAAAUAACAGGGACAAGGGGACACCUGUGGCUUUAUAUUUAACAAAAUGAAUGCACACAAUCAUAUGGCCAUUCUACAGUGUUGUCCAUGCUGAGAUUCUUAUGAACUUCUAUAUCUAAGCGACUUUUAUGUUAUAAUGGUGCCGAUCAUUCUGAACGAGAACAUUCAUGCUUUUACAAAUCAUUAUAGAUGCUGGCCAAAGCAGAAACUUUCCAUUUUUUUCUGUAUAUUGUCCUGAGUGCUACCACCUACAUCUACUAUAAAACACUAGGUAUCUCCCCUGCCAUUCAGAAGUAGCAGAUAAAUACUGAUACAGAAUUAAAUAAGUUCACUUGAUGUAUUUUGUUUUUCUCUGAGGACAAAGCAGUAGAUAACAAUUUAUUUGAGAUCAAUGCUGAUUUAUAAUAGGGCAUAGAGUUUGAAUGCGGACGCAAAGUUUGUUUCUGUUUUUCUUUGCAUGGCUCAAGCCAAAUGUGGCCACAUACAUACAAUGUUUACUCUGCCAAUCUGAGCACUUCUGUAUUAACACAGUUUUUGUGAAAUAUGGGUUGAAGAUGUUUUUAUAUGCAAUUUUUCUACAUUUUAUAAAAAAUAUUAUCUAUGUAAAUAUUUCUGGAUACACACAGAGAGAACUGUGUGUGUGUGUGAGAGAGAGAGAGAGAGAGAGAGAGAAAGAGUGAAUAAAUAAGCUUAUUAUUCAGCCUGUGGGGUGUAGUGAUUUAGAUCCCAAGGUAUCCAACUGAACUCACAUGCAGUGUAUUCUAUGUUUUGCAUACAGAUGUAACAAGUAUGCUUUCAGUGAAAAACAACAGUUUCUGCCUGAAUUGUCUUCUGUACAUGAUGGUAUAUUGUUUUAUUUUUCAAUACAACAAAUAAAAUGGUAUUAUGAC